UUAGCCAAUGACUGGCUGCACCUGCCUUCACUCUGCACAGAGCUUCUCCUUCACACGUUAGCUUGAGAGUUUCAGAGAGAUCUGAAAGUUUUGUUCUGUGGACAGGAUGCCUCGUCUGCAGCCAUGCUACGCUGACUUCUUCCAUGAUCCUCUGACAGAAGACGUGGAGGAGUUACUCGCUCGCUUCCAGCACACCGACUCAGUCAGGUAUCAGAUCUUUUCAGCCAUCUGGAGGGAGAUGUGUUUCUCAGACAUCUUCCUGGGUAUCAGCCGCGGGAGUGACUUGAAAAGAUUCUGCAGAGUGACUCUGGCAACAGCCGUGAAGUACUUCCUGCCUCCAUACAGCUACCAGAUACGAGUUGGAGGCUUGUAUCUGAUGUUUGCAUUUUACCACACGCAGCUCAUCGUCCCACCUGUGCAGAUCAGACUCGCUCUGAGGGAUUGGGCUCAGGUUGAGAAGUUUCUGAAAGAAUCUAUGGAUUCUGGGCAUCUUGAUGUUGUUUACAUAUAUCGAAAACUUAUUGAAACCAAAGCCAUCAACUACACCGCCAUGCCACAUUUCCUCAACUUCCAAAAGCAGAAGAAACCAACGAAGGAGCAGGUGUGUGCACAGUUUCUGGGGAGGACCACAGCUGUGCAUGAUCUCCUCUCUGCAGAGAUCCUGGAGGAGGUGACCAACACGCAGAACCUGUACGAGAAGCAGAAGGGGACCACGGCAGAGGUCAAGAGCCAGGUCAACAUGACGCAUCAAGACCAAGCUGCACAAAUGAAAGACUGCAUGACACAGUUCAUCACCUGGCAGCAGAGAGACUUUCUCACAAGAUAAAAAGAGAAGAACUUUGAAGAGGAGGAGGAGAGCGAGGAGGACGAGGAGGAAGAAAGUAGGAAGUCCAACAGCAGCAGAGCCAGGCUACUGUCCUCCAUCAAGCAGAAGAGCUACACCAACGUCCAGCAGGCGUCCAAGUCCAGGAGGCACCGACAGACGGAGACGGUGGACUCGCCAGGCUCAGGAGCAGAGCAAGUCCAGGAGCAGACCAGAGCAGGUGGGCGCUCGAAGAGACCUCCUUCUCUGCGGGCUCGGACCUGGCAGAGUCUCGGGAUGACGAAGGAGGAGAGCCAGCUCCAGACGUGGCUCCUGAGCGCCCCUGAGCAGACGGAGAGGGUGCCGGUGAAGAGGUCCCAUGCUCCUCCAAGAGCAUGAUGGGGGAGGAUGAGGGAGGACUGUCAGCUGAAUAUAAGCUUUCUGUUCUUGUUGGUUUUCUUUAAAAUACGGGAAAGGAUGCUUUAAUUUGAUAAACUGUUUCUAGAUUUCCCUUUAUUUUCCUUUUCAGUUUCUGUAAAAUUAAUGUAAUAAAUGUAUUUCAUAAUUAUCA